AUGGAUCAGUCGACUAAAAGACCGAGAGAUGGCGGUCUUAAUGAUCCUAGGUUGGGUUCCAUCGACAGAAACUUCAAGUGUCAGACAUGCGGAGAAGACAUGGCUGAGUGCCCGGGUCAUUUCGGCCAUAUCGAGUUGGCCAAGCCCGUGUUCCACAUUGGUUUCAUUGCAAAAAUUAAGAAAGUCUGUGAGUGUGUCUGUAUGCACUGUGGUAAGCUUCUAGUCGAUGACGCUAAUCCCUUGAUGGCUCAGGCCAUCAGGAUAAGAGACCCUAAGAAGAGAUUUAAUGCUGUGUGGAACGUCUGUAAGACAAAGAUGGUCUGUGAAGCUGAUGUCGUCAACGAUGAAGGCCAGGUUACCUCCGGAAGAGGCGGCUGUGGUCACACACAACCUACUGUUCGUAGGGACGGUAUGAAGUUGUGGGGAACAUGGAAACAGAACAAACAGUUUGAGGAAAACGAACAGCCCGAGCGUCGUUUGUUGACCCCAUCUGAGAUUUUGAGUGUUUUCAGACACAUCAGUGAAGAAGACUGUCAAAAGUUGGGUUUCAAUGAAGACUACGCAAGACCAGAACCCUCGAUUGCUUUCAACGAUACUGCUAGAGGUGAGGAUGACUUGACAUUUAAGUUGGCUGAUAUCAUCAAGGCCAAUAUCAACGUUCAACGACUCGAAAUGGACGGUUCUCCCCAGCACGUUAUCAGUGAGUUCGAAGCUCUUUUACAAUUUCACGUUGCUACAUACAUGGACAACGAUAUCGCUGGUCAACCGCAGGCACUUCAAAAGACAGGUCGUCCAAUCAAGUCUAUCAGAGCCAGAUUGAAGGGUAAAGAAGGCAGAUUGAGAGGUAACUUGAUGGGUAAACGUGUGGACUUCUCUGCUCGUACUGUCAUUUCGGGUGACCCCAACCUUGACCUUGACCAGGUCGGUGUACCCAUCUCUAUCGCGAGAACUUUAACUUACCCAGAGAUCGUGACUCCUUACAAUAUCCAUCGCUUGACCGAGUACGUGCGCAAUGGUCCAAAUGAGCAUCCAGGUGCCAAGUACGUCAUUCGUGAUACCGGUGACCGUAUUGAUUUGAGAUAUAACAAAAGGGCUGGUGACAUUGCCUUGCAGUAUGGUUGGAAGGUCGAACGUCAUUUGAUGGAUGAUGACCCAGUUUUGUUCAACCGUCAGCCAUCCUUGCACAAAAUGUCCAUGAUGUCGCAUAGAGUUAAGGUUAUGCCUUACUCCACGUUUAGAUUGAACUUGUCAGUCACCUCGCCAUAUAAUGCCGAUUUCGAUGGUGACGAAAUGAACUUGCACGUUCCACAAUCGCCUGAAACCAGAGCUGAAAUGUCUGAAAUUUGUGCGGUUCCAUUGCAAAUUGUCUCGCCCCAAUCGAAUAAACCAGUGAUGGGUAUCGUGCAAGAUACUCUUUGUGGUAUUCGUAAGAUGACUUUGAGAGACAUCUUCAUCGAUUACGAGCAGGUGAUGAAUAUGUUAUACUGGAUUCCUGAUUGGGAUGGAGUUAUUCCUCCUCCUGCAGUCAUGAAACCUAAACCCUUGUGGACUGGUAAACAGUUAUUGUCUAUGGCAAUUCCAAAGGGUAUUCACAUGCAGAGAUUUGAUGACGGAAAGAACUUGAUGAGUCCGAAGGACGCAGGCAUUUUGAUUGUUGAUGGCCAAAUUAUAUUUGGUGUUGUUGACAAGAAGACUGUGGGUGCUACAGCUGGUGGAUUAAUUCACACAGUCUUCAGAGAAAAGGGCCCUCAGGUAUGUGCCCAGCUUUUCAGCGCCAUUCAAAAAAUUGUGAACUACUGGUUGUUGCAUAACGGAUUCUCUAUCGGUAUUGGUGAUACAAUUGCUGAUAAGGACACCAUGAGAAACGUCACGACGACAAUUGAGGAUGCCAAGCUCAAGGUGCAAGAGAUCAUUAUCGAUGCCCAACAAAAUAGACUAGAGCCUGAACCAGGUAUGACCUUGAGAGAGUCGUUCGAACACAAUGUGUCCCGUGUGUUGAAUCAAGCUCGUGAUAGCGCCGGUCGUUCUGCUGAGAUGAAUUUGAGGGAUCUUAACAACGUUAAGCAGAUGGUCACAUCUGGUUCGAAGGGUUCGUUUAUUAACAUUUCUCAAAUGUCUGCUUGUGUGGGUCAACAAAUUGUGGAAGGUAAGCGUAUUCCUUUCGGUUUUGCCGAUCGUACCUUGCCUCAUUUUUCAAAGGACGAUUACUCGCCUGAAUCCAAGGGUUUCGUGGAGAACUCAUACUUGAGAGGUUUGACGCCGCAAGAGUUUUUCUUCCACGCUAUGGCUGGUAGAGAGGGUCUUAUUGAUACUGCUGUGAAGACCGCAGAGACAGGUUAUAUUCAGCGUCGUUUGGUUAAGGCGUUGGAGGAUAUCAUGGUUCACUAUGACGGUACCACCAGAAACUCGUUGGGUGAUGUCAUCCAGUUCGUUUACGGUGAAGAUGGUGUGGACGGUACUUCUGUGGAGAAACAGACCAUUGACACUAUUCCUGGUUCCGACGCUUCGUUCGAAAAGCGCUACAGAAUCGACCUCUUGGAUCCAAGCACGUCAAUCUCUGAGUCAUUGUUGGAGUCUGGUAAGGACAUCAAGGGUGACGUCAAAUUGCAAAAGGUAUUGGAUCAGGAGUACGAUCAGUUGCUCAAGGACCGUAAGUACUUGAGAGAGGUCUGUUUCCCCAACGGUGACUACAACUGGCCUUUGCCUGUUAAUUUGCGUCGUAUCAUCCAGAACGCUCAGCAAAUUUUCCACAGUGGCCGCCAGAAGGCGUCUGACUUGAAGUUGAGUGAGAUUGUCGAGGGCGUUCGUGAUCUUUGUACUAAGGUCCACGUUGUACGUGGUAAGGGUAAGUUGGCUGAAGAAGCUCAAGAGAACGCCACCUUACUUUUCCAGUGCUUGUUGCGUUCCAGAUUAGCCGCUCGUCGUGUGAUUGAAGAGUUUAAGUUGAGUAGAAUUUCAUUUGAAUGGGUCAUGGGUGAAAUUGAAACUCAGUUCCAGAAGUCCAUUGUCCAUCCUGGUGAGAUGGUUGGUGUUAUUGCUGCACAGUCUAUUGGUGAACCUGCUACUCAGAUGACCUUGAACACUUUCCAUUACGCUGGUGUGUCGUCUAAAAACGUUACAUUGGGUGUUCCCCGUCUUAAGGAGAUUCUUAAUGUUGCCAAGAAUAUUAAGACUCCAGCAUUGACAGUCUACUUGGACCCAGAUGUGGCAGCUGAUAUCGAAAAGGCUAAGGUUGUUCAAUCUGCUAUUGAGCAUACCACUUUGAAGAAUGUUACUUCGGCAACUGAGAUUUUCUACGACCCAGACCCCAGAAGUACUGUGAUUGAGGAGGAUUACGACACUGUCGAGGCCUACUUCGCCAUUCCUGAUGAGAAGGUAGAGGAGACCAUCGAUAACCAAUCUCCAUGGUUGCUCCGUCUUGAACUUGACAGAGCUAAGAUGUUGGACAAGCAAUUGACAAUGGCGCAGGUUGCUGAAAAGAUUUCCCAGAACUUUGGUGAAGAUUUGUUCGUUAUCUGGUCCGACGAUACUGCUGAAAAGUUGAUCAUCCGUUGUCGUGUCAUCCGCGAUCCUAAGUUAGAGGAAGAAGGUGAACACGAAGAAGACCAAAUCUUGAAGCGUGUCGAGGCUCACAUGUUGGAAACUAUUUCUUUGCGUGGUAUCCCAGGUAUCACAAGAGUGUUUAUGAUGCAGCACAAGAUGAGUGUUCCAGAAGAGAGUGGUGAAUUCGUUCAAAAGCAAGAAUGGGUUUUGGAAACCGAUGGUGUCAACUUAGCAGAGGUAAUGGCCGUGCCAGGUGUUGAUUCUCACCGUACUUACUCGAACAAUUUCAUUGAGAUUCUUUCUGUGUUGGGUAUUGAGGCCACUCGUUCUGCAUUGUACAAGGAAAUUCUUAACGUUAUUGCGUUCGAUGGUUCUUAUGUCAACUACCGUCAUAUGGCUUUAUUGGUUGAUGUUAUGACGUCUCGUGGCCAUUUGAUGGCAAUUACACGUCACGGUAUUAACAGAGCUGAAACUGGUGCGUUGAUGCGUUGUUCUUUCGAAGAAACGGUGGAAAUUUUGUUGGAGGCUGGUGCUGCAGCAGAACUUGACGAUUGCCGUGGUAUUUCUGAGAAUGUCAUUUUGGGCCAGAUGCCUCCAUUGGGUACUGGUGCGUUUGACUGUAUGGUGGACGACAAGUUGUUGCAACAGGCUGGUCCAAACGGAGGUGUUCCCGUCGCUGCUCUGGCAGGAGCAUACGCUGAUGAUGGUGGUGCUACUCCUUACAGAGAAUACGAUAUGGAGGAUGACAAGAUCCAGUUUGAAGAAGGCGCAGGUUUCUCGCCAAUUCACACUGCGAACACGUCCGAAGGCGUUGGCUCGCUUACCUCAUACGGUGGACAGCCAUCUUUACUCGCCAACGUCACCAAGCUACUCGCCUACAUCGCCAUCCUACUCGCCAACUUCGCCAUCGUACUCACCUACAUCGCCAAGUUACUCACCAACAUCUCCAUCUUAUUCACCAACUUCGCCAAGUUACUCGCCAACUUCGCCAAGUUACUCACCAACUUCGCCUUCGUACUCACCUACUUACUCACCAACUUCGCCAAGUUAUUCACCAACUUCACCAAGUUACUCACCAACUUCGCCUUCGUACUCACCUACGUCGCCAAGUUAUUCACCAACAUCUCCAUCAUACUCGCCAACUUCGCCAAGUUACUCGCCAACUUCGCCAUCGUACUCACCUACUACUCGCCUACGUCGCCACAGUACUCACCUACAUCACCGCAAUACUCGCCUACGUCGCCACAGUAUUCGCCAACUUCGCCACAGUAUUCGCCAACUUCACCCCAAUAUUCGCCUACUUCACCUCAGUACUCCCCAGGUUCUCCAUCAUACUCACCUGGUUCCCCACUGUACGCUGAAAGCAAGAAGGAGGAUAAAAAGAAGGACUGA